AUGGCUCGACAUCUCGUCUGUAUCGGCGCUGGAUUUGUAGGCGGCCCAUUCGGCGCCAUGAUCGCAUACCAAUGUCCCGAUACUCUGGUUACGAUCGUGGACGUUGACCAGCGACGGAUUGAUGCGUGGAAUUCUGACAGCCUUCCAAUGUACGAGCCCGGCUUGGAGGAUAUUUUGGCCAGCAUCCGCCAGCGACCGACGCAGAUUGCCCAAUCCGAAUCUGGAGAGGACAUGUCGAACCUGCGAUUUUCGACAGACAUCGAACAAGCCAUAAACGAUGCUGACAUCAUCGUACUAUGCAUCGAUACACCAACCAAGUCGUUUGGCAUCGGAAAAGGAGUCGCGCCAGAUUUGUCGAAUAUUCAAGCAGCCGUGCGAACAAUUGCGCGAGUAGCGACGAGCGAUAAGAUCGUGGUCGAAAAGUCGACGGUACCAUGUGGGACGGCCGAAUUGAUUCGCGACUUGCUUCAAUCCGGAUCACCGCAUCAAGUCCGCUUCGAAGUCCUCUCCAACCCCGAGUUUCUAUCCGAAGGCACAACCAUCACAGACCUGUUACAUCCCUCCCGCGUCCUCAUCGGUUGUCAACAAACCCCAUCCGGAACAAAAGCGGCCGCAGCGCUGUCCGCCAUCUACGAGGCAUGGGUACCCCGGGACCGGAUUAAGACGAUGGACUGCUGGUCAUCGGAGCUGUCCAAACUGGCAGCCAACGCAAUGCUAGCACAACGACUAAGCAGCAUCAACUCCCUUAGCGUGAUCUGCGAGGCUGUCGGCGGUGAUAUCGACUCCCUAUCCAUGGCAUGCGGGCUGGAUCCGCGCCUUGGACCCGCCAUGCUGAAGAGUGGUCUCGGCUGGGGAGGAGGCUGUUUUGAGAAAGACGUGCUAGACUUGGUUUACAUCGCGCGCACUCUGGGGCUGGACGCGGUGGCGGACUAUUGGGCGUCAGUGAUCGAGAUGAACAACGAGCAGAAGACCCGGUUCUUGCGGCGGAUUCUCUCGUGUAUGCAUGGUAGCGUGAGGGGGAAGUCAAUUGCGAUUCUGGGAUUCGCGUUUAAAAAGAAUACCUCCGACACGAAGAAGUCGCCGGCUAUCCCUGUGGUAAGAGGGCUGCUGGCCGAGGGUGCGCGGAUAUCCAUCUACGACCCCAUGGUACCCUCGACAACCAUCCUGGCCGACCUGGCGCCGUUGUCGGACAGGGAACGAGCACAGCUUCACAUCCGCGAAACGGCAUACGAAGCAUGCGACAACGCCGAUGCGGUAGCGAUAGUGACCGAAUGGGACGAAUUCCGAAUGGCCGAAACACGGAAGCGAAGCUCCACACAAUCGACUUUGACGGACGAUGAACAGGACUGGACAACACAACAACCCCCAACAUCACGAUGUCUGACGCCAGACAGCGAGGAAAAUCUAUUCACGGCAUCACCGGUGACCAGAGAGUCGGUGGAUUGGGAGCACAUCGUGCACAGGAUGCAGAAUCCGAAGUUCGUGUUUGACGGGAGAAAUAUCUUGCCGGGAGAACGGAUGGAGGCGCUGGGAUGUCGUUAUGUGCGGGUUGGGCGAAUGUCGGAGUGGGAUGCGGUGCGGAUGAGUCGAUACCCAUUUAGCGGUUGA